AUGAAGGUCGAUAUCGAUGGGCUCGAGGUUAUCUUCCCGUAUGAGCGCAUGUACUCUGAGCAAUUACAGUAUAUGCGUGAACUUAAGCGCGCACUUGAUGCACAAGGUCAUUGUAUGCUAGAGAUGCCAACAGGUACAGGCAAGACUGUAUCACUUUUAUCUUUGGUCAUAGCAUACAAACACGCACAUCCGACUGCCGGAAAGCUUAUUUACUGUACUCGAACGGUACCAGAGAUGGCUAAAUGUGUCGAAGAGAUUAAAAAGCUUGUAAAAUACCGAGAACAAUACUAUGGGGAUAAAGCACAGAUCACAGCUGUGUGUCUAAGCUCGCGACGCAAUAUGUGUGUCCAUCCGCGGGUUAUGGCCCACGCUGAUGGCGAAGAUGUCGACGGACAAUGCCGCAGGAUGACAGCAUCUUGGGUACGUGCUAAAGCUGCUAAAGCGCACGAAGUAUCAGCAGAUGGUGACGUGUCGAUGCCCCAAGUGGAAGAUGCGAUUGAAACGUGCUCGUUUUACGAAAACUACGACACCCGAAGAAGUGACGAUACACUUCUUCCUCCAGGAGUGUACUCUGUUGACGAUUUGAAACAACUUGGAACCGUCAAAGGGUGGUGUCCUUAUUUCUUAACACGAUAUGUCGUGACUUUUGCGGACGUGGUGGUAUACAAUUACCAAUAUAUGUUAGAUCCAAAAGUUAGUCAAUUGGUAUCCAGAAGCUUUGAGAAGGAAAGUAUUGUGGUCUUUGAUGAAGCCCACAAUAUUGACAAUGUAUGUAUUGAAGCUUUGAGUGUUGAUCUAGAUCGGCGCUCUUUGGAUCGAGCGUCGCGUAACUUGACGACACUAUCGAAUCAUGUAAAUAAAUUAAAACAAGCGGAUAAAGCAAGAUUAGAUGCUGAAUAUCGACGACUAGUAGAAGGUCUACGAUCAAGUAACGCUGUUGUAGCGCCCACGUAUACAAAUCCAACAACGAAUCAAGCAAUUGACUCUAGCAACGAUAUUUUAAUUGCCAAUCCCGUUUUACCGGAUGAUGUAUUGGAUGAAGCUAUUCCGGGAAAUAUUAGACGAGCUGAACACUUUGUCGCUUUCAUGCGACGAUUGAUCGAAUAUCUACGCAAGCGCAUUCGAGUCCGUCAAGUGGAAUCCGAGACACCUCAAGCUUUUCUGCAUCAUUUGCACCAAGCGAUUAGUAUGGAGAUAAAACCAAUGAAAUUUUGCUACACGCGUCUCAAUUCGUUGAUGCGAACGCUUGAAGUGACCAAUUUGGAGGAAUUUAACGCGCUUACAAGAGUUGCAGACUUUGCGACACUAGUAGCGACAUAUGCCGAUGGAUUUAUGCUAAUUAUUGAGCCAUUUGACGGCGCGUCUGGCGUACACGAUCCUGUGUUGCAACUAUCAUGUCUAGAUGCAUCCUUAGCAAUUCGUCCAGUUUUUGAGCGCUUUAGCAGCGUCAUCAUCACGUCUGGAACACUGUCUCCGAUUGAUUUGUAUCCACGUUUGUUAAAUUUUAACCCUGUAAUUCGUGAAUCGUUGCCCAUGUCCGUAUACCGCUCAAGUAUUUGUCCAUUGGUGAUCACACGUGGUAGUGACCAGAUGCCCGUAAGUACAAAGUUUGACUUGCGCGACGAUCUCUCAGUUGUCCGUAAUUACGGCACACUGUUGUUGGAAUUAGCUGCAUGUACCCCAGACGGGAUGGUUUGCUUUUUUCCGUCUUAUUUAUACAUGGAAAAGAUUAUUGGUCAGUGGGACUCACUUGGCGUUCUCAAGCGUGUACUGACUAGUAAACUGCUUUUUAUCGAGACAAAAGAUAUUGUUGAAACAACAUUGGCACUAGAUAAUUACAAGAAAGCGUGCGAUUGUGGACGAGGUGCAAUCUUCUUUUCGGUUGCUCGUGGUAAAGUAGCUGAAGGGAUCGAUUUUGAUCGUCACUAUGGACGUGCAGUUGUUCUAUUCGGUAUUCCAUUUCAGUACACGUUAUCGAACACUUUACGCGCACGACUUGAGUAUCUUCGCUACACUCACCAAAUUCGAGAAGGUGAUUUUCUCACAUUUGACGCUUUACGUCAAGCUGCUCAAUGUGCUGGUCGAGUGCUACGAAGUAAAACGGACUAUGGUCUCGUAAUCUUUGCCGACUCGAGGUACAAUCGUGCAGAUAAACGUACGAAACUUCCGCCGUGGAUCACACAAUUUCUUGUCGACUCGCAUUUAAAUUUGUCGGUGGAUAUGGCUGUAUUUAUGGCCAAAAAGUACCUUUCACUGAUGGCACAGCCUGUUAGUGAUUCAACGAAUGUCAAUUCGGUAUUACUUGAUGCUGAUGGAGUUUCUAAAUGGCUUGCUAUGAAAAAAUUGUGA